AUGCUGCCUGUCCGAAGCGCAAGAAACUGGCUAACUUUGCGGAAUUCGUGGCUAUUGCUGCGAAAUGCUGGAAGAAGAAGCUUUUAUUCGACUAAACCUAAGGCUCCAAGAAAAGAUGAAUUGCCUAGUUUCACAAAAAUCGCGCUGGUUGGAGUCGUGGGCACAAUUAUUUUCGCUGAAGCGGUGAAGUCUUUGGACAAAAAUCAGCCCAAAAACUCAUACUCCGAAUCUGAAUACGCAGAGGUUGUUAAAAACAUGAAACGAAGAAAGGUAAUGUUUUCUCCUGGAGAGCUCAAGGUGCAGAUAGCAGUUCAGGGCGUGAAUCCAGGAAAUUUCCACGAUCGUGGUAGAAUCGUUGAGCCUUUUGAAGUUGCAGAGACUUAUAGGAAGAUGGACAAUGAUAGGUAUCAGCCGCUACUAAAUGACCUCAGAGACACAUACGGCGACCAAUAUGUCCAAAAUCUCCCCCAGGGGCUGCUUGUCAUGUUGAUUGGCAGGUACCUGAAAGAUACUUGCCAAAAGGGGGACAGCGUUUUAGUUGUCGACUUCCCUCUUGAUAUGAGUGAUGCGAUCAAGUUUGAGAAUGAGAUAUCGGUUGUUGACAAGGUGCUUUUCAACUCUCCUGAAGCCGAUAGCGAUUUGGCCAAAUAUUACCAAACUGUCAACAAAGUUGAGAUUCUCUAG